AUGCAGCCCAUCGGUCUCCGGCCCCGCUUGAGGGCGCGACGGUCGCUGGUGGACUUGCUGGUUGGAUCUGGCCAGAAUACCAAUCAUGUGCUAUCACCAUCCAGCCGACCUCCAAAUCCAGAACUGGUAGCAGACGCGCUGGCGCAGGCUGCUGCCGAGGAGAUGGAGGAGAUGAGCCCUACCGGUAAAGUCGUGGAUAUGGAUAUUACAACUCUCAAGGAAAGAGACGAGAUCGCAGAGGAACCGGCUGAAGAGAGCAUACCGGAUUCUGCGAUGGGAGGACAGAAGCAGAUGGUAGAGUCACACCCACAAACGACAGUAAUGGGUAUUAGAGACUUGGCUUUUGAGGCCGCACCACCGGAGCAAGGCGACACAAAUCAACAUCUCCUUGUGCAGACACCACAUGCAGCAGCGGCGACAACAGCGGAAACAGAACAAUUCGAAGGCAGCUUGGGCGAGACACCUGCUGAGUCACCCAUUCUAGGCCCUCAAACAGCAGCUACCGGAGAGCUUGAGCCCCUCCCAGCUGCUGAAUUAGGCCCUAAACCACCCCAGGAACAGCAAUUGAAGUCACUCCAAGACCUAAAGCUGCAGCCUAGCGCCGAGUGUGAUUUUCACAAGAGCGCCCCCGAUUUACCCAAUCUCGAUCAUUAUACCAAUUCUGCUAGUCCAAAGAGUCCAAAGACUGGGAAGACGUCAUCCCCACCAGCGCCAGGCCCUGCCACCACAUCUGAACGAGCCCAGCCAUUGGCCCGCCAAGACAUCGAAGCUAUAACCUCCUGCCUUGUUCUCGACAAAGCUUCCCUGGUCUCCAUCCCACCUCCUCCACCACCACCUCAACGACCGCAUUCUCCUCCACAACCACCUCCUCUCCAACAUCGCACACGGCCCGCCGCCUCUCCCACAACUACCCCGAUAUUAUCAGGAGAGCCGUCUCCGUCCGUAGAAUUAUCCGCAACCUCCGAAACCGAGAGCCGUGAUCCUGUCAAGAUGGCGUCCAAUAGCGAGAAGCGGGCCAAAGCAAAGGCCCUGGCUGCAUCAUCGGGGCCCGAGAGUUUCAAGCAUGGUGUUAUCUACUCCGUCUCCGGACCUGUCGUGAUUGCUGAGGAUAUGCUUGGUGUUGCUAUGUACGAACUGGUCCAAGUUGGCAACCAGAAACUGGCCGGCGAAGUUAUUAGCAUUCGCGAAGACCAAGCUACUAUCCAGGUAUACGAGGAGACUUCCGGUCUACGAGUUGGAGAUCCCGUCCGACGAACCGGAAAGCCCCUCUCCGUCGAACUUGGACCUGGCCUACUCGACAACAUUUAUGAUGGUAUUCAGCGACCUCUUGCAAAGAUUGCGGAGAUUACGAACAGCAUCUAUAUUCCCCGCGGUAUCGCCCUGCCCGCCCUCGACCGUACCAAGAAAUGGGAGUUUACUCCUACGCUAAAGGUCGGAGACCACAUUUCCAGUGGCGAUGUCUGGGGCACCGUAUACGAAAACUCCUUCAUCCAAGUCCACCGUAUUCUUUUCCCUCCGCGAAAAGUCGGCGGUGUCAUCACUAAGAUCGCCCCCAAAGGCGAAUAUACCGUCGAGGAGCCCCUCUUGACUGUGGAAUUCCAGGGCCAAGUCUCGGAGUAUCCCAUGAUGCAGUCCUGGCCCGUCCGUGUUCCGCGAAUUACGAACGAGAAGCUUACCCCCGACCAGCCCUUCAUCGUCGGUCAGCGUGUGCUCGACGCCUUGUUCCCGGCAGUCCAGGGCGGUACCAUUGCCAUUCCCGGGGCUUUCGGUUGCGGCAAGACUGUCAUUAGUCAGUCCGUGUCCAAGUUCUCGAACAGUGACGUGAUCGUCUACGUAGGAUGUGGAGAGCGAGGAAACGAGAUGGCUGAAGUCUUGAAGGACUUCCCAGAGCUCACCAUCGAGGUCGAUGGCAGGAAGGAGCCCAUCAUGAAGCGUACCUGCCUUAUCGCCAACACGUCCAACAUGCCCGUGGCCGCCCGAGAAGCGUCGAUUUACACCGGUAUCACGGUAGCCGAGUACUUCCGUGACCAGGGUCUCAACGUUGCUAUGAUGGCGGACUCUUCGUCUCGAUGGGCCGAGGCUCUCCGCGAAAUUUCCGGUCGUCUGGGUGAGAUGCCGGCUGAUCAAGGCUUCCCAGCCUAUCUUGGUGCGAAGCUGGCCAGUUUCUACGAACGUGCGGGCAAGGCCGUUGCGCUGGGCUCUCCCGAGCGUGUCGGAAGCGUCAGCAUCGUAGCUGCCGUCAGUCCUCCUGGUGGUGACUUUUCGGAUCCCGUCACGAGCGCAACGCUCAGCAUUGUCCAGGUCUUCUGGGGUCUUGACAAGAAGCUUGCGCAAAGAAAGCACUUCCCUUCGAUCAACACCAAGCUCUCCUAUUCCAAGUAUACCGACGUACUAGACAAGUGGUACCAGGGUGAUCACCCGGACUUUGCGCGCCUCCGUCUCGCCGUCAAGCAACUGCUCACCAAGUCCGAGGAGCUCGAUCAGGUCGUGCAGCUCGUCGGUCGAUCGGGUCUCGGCGACGAGGACACGCUCAUCCUUGAUAUUGCCAGGAUCAUCAAGGACGACUUUUUGCAGCAGAACGGUUACUCGGACUACGAUCAGUUCUGCCCUCUCUGGAAGACGGAGUGGAUGAUGAAGCUCAUUGUCGGGUUUUACGAUGAGUCCCUUAAGGCUAUUGGGCAAGAGCAGAAGUGGUCUGACAUUUCGGCCGCGACGAGCGAACUUCAGAAUAAGCUGCGUCGGUUAAAGUUUGAGGUGCCUACGGAAGGAAAGGACGUUAUCUGCAGGAGAUACGCGGACAUCCAUCAAGAAAUGACAAACAAGUUCGCCGAUGUUUUGGGCGAGUAA